AUGUCCGCGGCGGAGGCCGAGUCCCUCUCACACGAUCAGCCGCACGAGCUGACUGCUGCCGACCCCGGCGACGUUCAGCUCCAUCUCGACGUCAACGGGCUCUACAUCAUCCUUAGCACGCAGGAUGCCAAUAUAGGCUGCCACUGGGUGCUGUACCUGCACAUCGGCUCCGCGCUCGGCUGGGUCUUUCACAUCAACAACCUGGGCUGCGUGAGCUGGGAGUACCGUUGCGACGAGUCCUGCGACAUGGCUUAUUCGACAGCGGCCGUCGCCGCCGUUAAAAUCGCCGACAUGGCGCCCGAGAUGCACGAGGCGCUGCGUCGGCGCAUCGGCUUCGACAGCAAGCCGGCGGUCGAGCUCGCGGAUACGGCGCGGUUCGGCCGCCUCGACUGCCGCACGUGGCUGCUCCAGGUCCUCUACGAGCUCGACAAUGAAGGGUACAUUAGUGUGCUGCCCGGAUACUCGAUCCACGACUUGGCCGAGGAGGCGAUGUCGCUGGCCGCGGCCAACCAGUUCCUGCUGCAGGAGAAAACGGCCAAAAUAUCAGAACUGCGCAAGGAAAUCAUCAGCGCCUGCUGCGCCCCCUAA